AAGUAGGAAGGAAGUGAACUGCUGGUUUCAGGUCCGCAUUCAGUUUAUUUUCCUGUCACCUAAACAGACCAACAGUCCAUUCUUUUAUCAGCCUUUCAUCUGUAAGAUGACUGCUGCUGAUUUUUUCCAUUCAUUUACAUUUCUGGUGCUUUAUAAGCUUUCAUAAAUACAACGAUAAAGUCAUUUAAAAAAAUCAUACAAUCAACUUUCUGAACCGAAGCUGAAGAUUACGACAGCCAUGUUGUUGGCAGAAGCUGGAUGUAUGUUUAUGGGUCUUAUCCUGUACAUGUCAGGGGUUCUGGGGAAACAGAGGAGUAUCUGUGCCUUAAAAGGUUCAUCAGUGAAUCUGUCCUGCUCAGUUGAACAUCCCACUUCAAGAAACAAAUGGUACACUGUGCACUGGGACGGCCACAAGUAUGUCCUGAAUGAGACCUUUGCAGAUGGACAUGUAACCUACAAUAUGUCGGAACAGAAUAACACUCUAAGUAUCAAAGAUCUGAGAGACAGUGAUGCAAAGUUUUACUGCUGCAGAGAGAAUACUGAGAACCCUUACUUCUGCUACCUCCACGGAACUGAGCUCCAUGUUGCAGACCUGCAGGUAAAGGUGAUUCCCACCACAGGGGAACAGACAGUAUCACUGAUGUGUAGCACCAGCUGUCCUCUGACUGAAAACCCUGCAGCCUAUAUCUGGUACAAGAAUGGAGAGUUUCUCUAUCAGGACUGGUCUCCCUGGUACCAACAGCUGGUCAGCAGUGAGGAAGCAGUCACAUACUCCUGUGCUAUCAAAGGCUACGAGCAUCUCAGAGCCCCUGAAGUCUCAGUGGAUUCUGUCACAUCGACCUGCUUUAGUGUGACCUAUGCUAAAGGCAGAAUGUGUUCUUAUCAGGAGAAAUCAGAGGAUGAGCCCUGCUCCAUCACAUAUCCCACAGAAGUACAUGUUCAAAAGACUCCUGCAGACAAGUUUGUCAGAGUGGCCUGUAAUACCAGCUGUCCUCUGAUUGAUUCACAAACUUCCUAUAUUUGGUACUGGAACAGAAUAUUCUAUGCAUCCUCUAAGAGUCCACAUUCUGUAGAUUCUCAUCUCUCUGGUACAAACUUCUCUUGUGCUGUAAAAGGCCAUGAGGAUCUGUUCUCUGCUGAAGUCUGUAUCAAUGAUAAGAUGUGCUGGAUUGUAAAUUAUGUCAAAAGGAGAAUCUGUGCUCUGCAAGGCUCUUCAGUGAACAUUUCAAGUGAAUACUCUUAUCCUUACAACAAGCAGCCAAAGUCUAAAUUUUGGUAUAAAACAAAAAGAAGUGGUGAGGAGGAAGCUGAAAAGCUGAUUGAAGCUGUCAGCCGUGUGGAGUAUCAUGAUAACAUGAAGAACCACCACAACCUGACAAUAAAGAAGCUGAGGAAGAAUGACUCAGCAGAAUACACAUUCAGGCUCCAGCAACACAAUGAAGGAUGGAAACAGUCUGAUCUACCUGGAGUAAUUCUGAUCGUCACAGACCUGAGAGUGAAGUUUACUCCCUCUGCAGAGGUGACAGAGGGUCAGAGAGUCACACUGACCUGCAGUACCAGCUGUCCUCUGACUGAUGACACCAACUACCUUUGGUACAUGAACAGUCGACCUCUGACCCUGCCAGAGAACCAAACCAAACACCUGGUUCUGGACCCAGUCAGCAGUCAGCAUGCAGGAAAAUACUCCUGUGCUGUUCAAACCCACAACAUCAGCUCAUCUGAAAAGACUCUCACAGUCAAAAACAAAAUGGGCAAAUGGACACCAGCAGCAGCUGCAGGAGUCUGUGCUGUUCUCCUGGUCAUCAUACCUCUUCCUGUCUUCUUGUGGAUUAGAAAAAAGAGGACUUCCAGACAGUCUCGUAGAACUGAAACCUCAGACAACAUGGAACAGCUAAACCCUGGUCCUGUGUAUGACGAGAUCUCAGCUCAACCAACAGAGAGGGAUGACCUUCACUACAGCACGGUCCACUUCUCUAAGAAACUCACAGAUCCUCUUUACUCCACCGUCCAGCCACAUCAGCCCAGAGAACAGGAGCAUGUCCAUUACGCUGUGGUCAACUUUAGACAUGACAGGAGCCCCGAGUGAGCAUCUGUUGUCAUUACAAAAGAUUUUGACUCCACAGAGGGACCUUGCAUAUCAAGAGAAGUAGUAGUACACUAUGUUGAAAAAGACUUUAGCACAUUCUAUGUUUUUCACACUCCCAAAAACAUACUCACAAACUUCACCUGUUUUAAGAAUCAAAUCUCAUCUCUCACUAUCUGUAGUAUUUUCUCCAUUUGAUAAACUAAAAAUAGAAAGAUCAACCCAGCUCCAGAUACAAAUACUUUCCAUGAACGGAAACAUAUCAGCAAACAGUGGAAAAUAUUACUGUGCACACAUCCCGCAAGGGUGCUGAGAAAAUGUAACUGAUUGCAUCAGAAUUAGCAUCACUGUCUGAGAUCAUGUGCUGCAAUGAUGGUGCCAUCUGAAGGACAAACUCCCAGCUGAUAAAGAGCAGAAUGAGCAGUCAGGGGUCCCUUUAGCAUGUUAUAUGUGAACAGAUGGUGUUAUUUUGAUUAUCUGUAUGUUUGUUAAAGCUUCAGAUGUACAAGAGAGAGCAAAUUAUACUAAUUUCCCAGCUACUUUCCACUGAAUAAAUGUUGAUGUUCCAAUAAGGUCAUGGCUGUUGCAUGCCUCAGAAGAUGUUAAGGACACAUUUAUAACUUUAAUCAUAUAUAUCAAGUGAUGUGUAAAUGGUGCACACAACAAGAGAGAAAUCUGUAAAAUGAAAUGUUAAAUGAAUAAAUCAGAUAUUAUGAUGUAAUAGCACCUUUUCAUAACUGUUUGUGUGAUAGAGAGAGACGGUAACAAACAUUAAUCCAUGUAAACAUUGAGGGUGGUCACACAAAACAUUAUUGUUAAUCAUAAAUAAAUUGUCACUCAUCUA